AUGGAUGAUGCGACUCUUAAUAGGCUGGUAGACGAUUUGAUGCAGAAUAUGCCGGGGUCGGUAGGGUCUUUCCACGGUCGAGAUGCAAAUCUUAACCAUUCGGAAAGAGAAAAUGACAUUCGCAGGCAAUAUCUGAUGGCAUCCUUGCGACACGGGUACUUCAGUUCCGAGAUCGUCCCUGUAGACGCAACAGGCCGGCUCGACGUUGACUACGGGAACCGAGGACCUGAAAUCAACAUGUUACAGCAGAUGACUAGUACUGGAGUAUUAGCAGCAGUCAAUUCUGAGGAAAUUAGUAAGACUGGAAAGCAGGAGCGGUACAGGACGCUCUCACUUUUGCCCCGUGAAAGUUUUGGAGAUGGGUUGAUGGAAGAGAUCAAUGCUCUUGAAGCAGACAAUGAUGUACAUUCGGUCUCGGUGAUCUCAGCUUUGCAUGACCUAGACCCUGCAAGAUACAAACAUUGUUCCAUCGACUGCUGGCUUAAGACUUUGCAAAAUGCAGACCACUCUCCAGUGCCUGCGCUUAGCACAUCCUGCGUGCGCCAUCCAAAAGAGCCAUUCAAUGGCUCUCAGCCCACUCCCUACAAAAAGCUCGAAAAUAACCAAAAGCGACUUGUAUACCUUCUUCCAGGCCAUUAUGGAGAUCCUAUAAUCUGCAAGGUGACUGUCUUGACUGUUUGCAGCCCACAGUCCAUAUGUGGGGAUACACAGCUGGAAUAUGAGGCACUAUCAUACACCUGGGGCGAUCCAACUCCAACCUACCCUAUUGAGCUCGAUGGAAAGGUGCUGCUGGUUUCCAAAAGUGCUUUUACCGCUUUGCAGCACCUUCGGCACGAGACAGACAGUCGUACCUUGUGGAUCGAUACCAUAUGUAUCAACCAGUAUGACAGGGCUGAACGCAGCGAGCAGGUGAUUCUGAUGAAUCAUAUUUACAACCAGGCUUCCAGAGUGAUCGUGUGGUUGGGCGAAGAGUUUGAAGAUUCGCGCCUAGCGAUCACGAGCAUGAAAUAUCUCGACGAAAAGGGGCAACGAGAAGAGAUCACCUUGCGCAGUCAUGAUGACAUCUGUUACAAACAAUUGAAGCGUAUCUACAAAGCACAAUGCAGAAUAUUCGAGAGCCCUUGGUUCCGCAGAAGCUGGAUUCGACAGGAGGUUAUGGCUGCAAAGGAGAUUGUUGUAGUUUGUGGAAGGGAUACAGUGCCCUGGUACUGCAUGAAACGCUCAGCAGCACGAGUCCGGCGUAUCUACAGCAAGAUGAUAGAAGAGGACGUCAGCGAUCUAACUGAAUUCCACAAUGAUCAAAGCGAAGCAAUUGCCUGCCUGAGCAGAGAUUGGAUAUACGGUCAGCCGGUCGCCAAAUUUAUUGGCUGCAUCCGAAGUGUCUGGUACAACCAUACCGGUGGACUGCUUGAUCUGUUGAUGACAGGCAGAGAAUAUGAAGCAAGUGACGCGAAAGACAAAGUAUACUCUGUGCUUGGCCUUGCUCGGGUCCCGAUGACUGCAGGCAAUGCGAUACCCGCACCGGACACGCGAGCGCCUGCAUUCCCAGUAGACUACCACAAGUCGGUCUCCGAGGUCUAUCAAGACGUCGUCAAGUUUUUCAUCAACCGUGAUCGAAAUUUGGAUAUCCUAUCCAUCCUCCUAACUCACCGCAACUCCGCCUCAAAUCGAGAUCUUCCAUCCUGGGUCCCAGACUGGCGCGUAUCAAUCUCAGAGAUUCGAUUCACGGCGCACUGGGAUUUCAUCUCGAUGAAAGUUGCAGCAGGCGGCUUUAGAACCGAGACACAACCACAGUCAUUUGACGAGAAAGGGAUUCUGCGCGUGCAGGGCUACGUCUUCGAUGCCAUCCAACAGCUGGACGACUUCUCGGCCACAGUACACAAUGUUUUAUGCACACUGGCCGAGUUUGAUGACGAUGAAGACGGCCCCAUAAAUCAGGCCAGGCAAAGAGGUGAGUUUGCAAUGUUCUCUGAACCUUUCGAUCCGCAGAAGCAUAAGGCAAAAUGCGGUAGAACUGCGAAAGGAGAAGUAUGCCUUGCAUCUAUAAAUGCUAGACCAAGGGACUAUAUUGCUGUAUUUCUGGGCGCCAAACAUCCCUUUGUUAUUCGUCCGAUUGAAUCAGAGACUCUGGACAGUGAGGCAUCUAACGCCUCACUCCGCGCAUCUAUUGUUGGACCAUGUAUUGUGCCACAUGCUAUGUUUGGGAAGCUGGUCAAGAUAGCGAGAGAGUCAAAUAUUACUCCUACCGAGUUUACUUUAUUGUAA